ACUCCGCCGCAGCGUACAGGUCAGCAACCGCGUCCGGGUCUGCUGCCGGUUACGGUUUGGCCAACCCACUGCCGCCACCACGCCCAGAAGAGAGCUCUUCGGAGGACGAGCAGACACUGAACACCUUCCUCACCCGGGAGUGCUGUCUCAGCCUCGGCCCGCAUUCCCGCGUCAUGCUUGGUCGUUAAAGCUUUUCGAUUGUGGAAGAAUUCAUCAUGCACGCGGCCACGUGCUGUCGGGGGCAGUACAACGUGGCGAAGCGUCUGGAGUCCAAGAUGAAGCUGAACCGCUUCCUGGCCCUGAGCGGGUAGACUGAGGGGGCCAUGUUGGCGGACAUACUGGUGUGAGGAGGACACAUGGAGGUCCAUGACAACUACCUAACCAAGACCUACCAGCCAGGAACAGUUCGAUCCGCCCUGACAGUGGUUUGGGCCUUCUUGAAGUGGGCCGGGGACAGAAAGCAUGCACCAGCACCAACGGUGGAGGAAGCCGAUUGCACUAUCCAUGGCUGCCUGUCAGCCACACGCGUAGCUCUGCCCUCCGCCGCCGCCCCGGAGCAGCAACCACAGCGUGAGGAAACGAUGUACGAUGAAACAGAUGGGCAUGAUUUCACGCAUCAUAGCGACGACGACAAAAAUGUCCCUAUGCCGUCGGUCGCCGCCCUGGAACCUGACCCUGACACUGACACUCAGGCCCUAGACUUGGAGACCAGCCUGACGGAUUCCCUGGGGGAAAUCAGAGAUGCCCAGGGUGCACUGGAUGAUGCCCAGUAUUUCCAAAGGCAGGAGAGCGAGUGCAAGUCAUCAUCAUCCUCAUCGGUACCGAUCCGUGUCGUGUCCAGGAAGAGGCUGCGACAGGUGUCCUCCAGUGACGAGGAGGACUCAUACACAACCACGACCACGUCGCGCAUCAGCACGGGGAGCAGCCGCCAUAGAGUCUCGGAUGACGAGACUCGCGAGAUAUUGCACGUUUUUGCUGAUGAGAUUGCGAAGUAUGUUGACACGGGUAAAACCGUGUCCAUCUUAGAUGUACGUGAGAAGCGUACACCUAAGAUAGCUGCGCUCUCAGAAAAACAACUCCGUGAGAAACUACGAAAUAUUGUGAAAAAUAUCAAGUUACGAAAGUCUUAUAUAGUUGCUUAUCCGUGA